CAGAAUAAUAAUAGAGAUGAUUUAUUUCAGCUUUUAUUUCUUUCAUCACAUUCCCAGUGGGUCAGAAGUUUACAUGCACUCAAUUAGUAUUUGGUAGCAUUGCCUUUAAAUUGUUUAACUUGGGUCAAACGGUUUGGGUAGCCUUCCACAAAAUUGGGUGGCCAAUUCCUCCUGACAGAGCUGGUGUAACUGAGUCAGGUUUGUAGGCCUCCUUGCUCACACACGCUUUUUCAUUUCUGCCCACACAUUUUCUAUAGGAUUGAGGUCAGGUCUUUGUGAUGGCCACUCCAAUACCUUGACUUUGUUGUUUAAGCCAUUUUGCCACAACUUUGGAAGUAUGCUUGGGGUCAUUGUCCACUUGGAAGACCCAUUUGUGACCAAGCUUUAACUUCCUGACUGAUGUCUUGAGAUGUUGCUUCAAUAUAUCCACAUAAUUUUCUUUCCUCAUGAUGCCAUCUAUUUUGUGAAGUGCACCAGUCCCUCCUGCAGCAAAGCACCCCCACAACAUGAUGCUGCCACCGCCGUGCUUCACGGUUGGGAUGGUGUUCUUCAGCUUGCAAGCCUCCCUCUAUUUCCUCCAAACAUAACGAUGGUCAUUAUGGCCAAACAGUUCUAUUUUUGUUUCAUCAGACCAGAGGACAUUUCUCCAAAAAGUACGAUCUUUCUCCCCAUGUGCAGUUGCAAACCGUAGUCUGGCUUUUUUAUGGCGGUUUUGGUGCAGUGGCUUCUUCCUUGCUGAGCGUCCUGUCAGGUUAUGUCGAUAUAGGACUCAUUUUACUGUGGAUAUAGAUACUUUUGUAUCUGUUUCCUCCAGCAUCUUCACAAGGUCCUUUGCUGUUGUUCUGGGAUUGCUUUGCACUUUUCGUACCAAAGUAUCUCUAGGAGACAGAACGCGUCUCCUUCCUGAGCGGUAUGACGAUUGCGUGGUCCCAUGGUGUUUAUACUUGAGUACUAUUGUUUGUACAGAUGAACCUGGUAUCUUCAGGCGUUUGGAAAUUGCCCCCAAUGAUGAGCCAGACUUGUGGAGGUCUACAAUUAUUUUGUCUGAGGUCUUGGCUAAUUUCUUUUGAUUUUCCCUUGAUGUCAUGCAAAGAGGCACUUAGUUAUGAUACAGUGAAUUAUAAGUGAAAUAAUGUCUUUAAGCAGUUGUUGGAAAAAUUACUUGUGUCAUGCACAAAGUAGAUGUCCUAACCGACUUGCCUAAACUGUACUUUGUUAACAAGAAAUGUGUGGAGUGGUUGAAAAAUUAGUUUUAAUGACUCCAACCCUAAGUGUAUGUAAACUUCAGACUGCAUCAGAUGACCUGGCCUCCACAAUCACCCGACCUCAACCCAUUUAAGAUGAGUUGGACCGUAAAGUGAAGGAAAAGCAGCUAACAAGUGCUCAGCAUAUGUGGAAACUCCUUCAAGACUGUUGGAAAAGCAUUCCUCAUGAAGCUGGUUGAGAGAAUGCCAAGAGUGUGCAAAGCUGUCAAGGCAAAGGGUGGCUACUUUGAAUUAUCUCAAAUCUUAAAUAUAUUUUGAUUUGUUUAACACUGUUUUUGGUUACUACAUGAUUCCAUGUGUGUCAUUUCAUAGUUUUGAUGUCUUCACUAUUAUUCUACAAUGUAGAAAAUAGUCAAAAUAAAGAAAAACCCUGGAAUGAGUACGUGUAUCCAAACUUUUGACUAGUACUGUAUGUAAUAUUUCCGUUUUUGUAUUUAUACAUUUCCUAAAAUAAGAGGUCAAGAGGUCUUUACAUUACGAAUGCACUGUACAUACGUUUAUACAGCGUAGUAUAGGCUAAGUUAUCACCUGAUGUAGGUUAGUAAGAUGGUAUGCUUCUGAUGUUGGUUAGUAAGAUGGUAUGCUUCUGAUUUAGGUUAUGUUCUUCUCAUGUAAUAAUAUGUUGUUAUUAUCCUGUCUCCCACAGAGGACGAGUCUGUGGGAUCUAUUUUAGAAUAAGGCUGUAACGUAACAAAAUGUUAAGUCAAGGGGUCUGAAUACUUUCCGAAUGCACUAUAUGUAAGCUGGUGUAGGUAUAUUGGGUAAUGUAGAGGGUCAGGGAGGGAGCUUAAGAUCUCUCCCUUUAAUUAUGUAUCUCAAAGCCAAUCUGCCUGAAACAUUGGAGGGUAGAGGUGCUGUGUUAGAGAAAUAGGCUAAAGGUGGAAUAAAACUGCCAAUCGAAUGAAGAAUACCACAGUAAUUCACUUAAAGUAGAAAAAUAUGGGCAUGUAGUAGAUGCUUUUAUCCAAAGCGACUGAUGCGAAGUAACAACGAAGACAUUUGAUAUGUGUGGCCCAUUUGGGAAUCAAAACCACAACUGAUAUUGAAAGCGCCAUGCUCCAAUCUAUAGAGCCAUCAGCACCGCACCAACUUAUCACAUUCCUAUCUGCCCUCGAGGCAGAACAGGAUGUACAACUCCAAUCUGCAUUGAGCUGAGAUAGUUGAAUUGUACAUAUAUCUACUGUAUGUGUUGUAUAUACAAGGUACAGAGUUGUAGAGCUUUGUGUGUCUUAAUUAUGAGUUAUAACUAUUGAUGUUAUUAGUCUCUCUUGUUACUUUUUCAGACUGUUCCAGACUCUCUGUCCAGAGGAGCAUGAUGACUACUUUCCCCAAUGAGACAGGCUUCUCCUCCCUCUCUCCAUCAUACCCCCCCUCCCUCUCCUCUCCCACACUGUCCCUCUCCAUCUCCCUCACCUCCAACCCUUUCUCUUCCUUCUCCCUCUCCACCUCCUCCUUCUCUCCGUCCAACUGCUCCAGCUCUCCGUUGCCCUCCUCCCCUCCCUAUAACUUCUACGCUGUGCUGCUGGUGCUGCUCAUCUUCUGUGUGGUGUUCGGCAACGUGCUAGUUUGUGUGGCGGUGUCGCGCGAGCGCUCCCUCCAGACUACCACCAACUACCUCAUUGUCUCCCUGGCUGUGUCUGACCUGCUGCUGGCCACCCUGGUCAUGCCCUGGGGCGUCUACCUGGAGGUGGUAGGGGAGUGGCGCUUCAGUCUCAUCCACUGUGACAUCCUCCUGACCCUGGACGUCAUGAUGUGUACUGCCAGCAUCCUCAACCUCUGUGCCAUCAGCAUCGACAGGUACAUGGCGGUGGCGAUGCCCAUGCUGUAUAACACCAGAUACAGCUCCAGGAGGAGGGUGGCUCUGAUGAUUGCUGUUGUGUGGUUCCUCUCCUUCGCCAUCUCCAGCCCUCUGCUGUUUGGACUCAACAACACAGCCAGUCGGGAGGAGACCAAGUGUGCCUUCGCUGAUCCGUCCUUCGUGGUCUACUCAUCCGUGGCCUCCUUCUACGUUCCUUUCAUCGUGACCCUGCUGGUGUACGCCCAGAUCUGUGUGGUGCUGCGGAGGCGGGGCCGACGCACCGUGCCCCGCAGACACGGACUGUACCCACAGGGAGGAGGCAAGACGGGGGAGGGCCACAGGCACAGGAAGAAUAAGUGUACCCUCCCUGAGGAUGUGAAGUUGUGCACUCUGAUCACGAGGCCCCCCACCACCGCCCCCCAACGCAAGAAGGUGAUGUUAGUGAAGGAGGCGCUGGUGCACCCCCUGGAGGAGGAGCUGGUGGGGCGUGGUUUCCUGUCCCAGUUAGACCAAAGCCUCCCCCCGUCUCACCCUCCUCACCCCUCCGGACGAGCCACCAAGAUCUCCCUUUCUAUCUCGGUGGUACCCGCGCCCUUCCCGUCACCGACGGUGGCAGCACGCUCUACCCUCGUACCCCGCGGUGCCACCUUAGAGGACGGCAUGAGUGGCCGCGAGCGAUGGAGGGAGCGCAAUAUAGACAAGGAGAAGGGAGCGAUGGCGAAGGAGAGGGUGAAAGGGACCCUGUCGCAGCAGAAGGAGAGGAAGGCGACCCAGAUGCUGGCUAUCGUGCUAGGUGUGUUCAUCAUCUGCUGGCUGCCCUUCUUCCUGACCCACGUGCUGAAGGCCCACUGUGGCAGCUGCUGUAUCUCCCCCUCCCUGUACAGUGCUGUCACCUGGCUGGGCUACCUCAACAGUGCCGUCAACCCCGUCAUCUACACCACCUUCAACAUCGAGUUCCGCAAGGCCUUCAUCAAGAUCCUAAACUGCUGAGUACAGGGAUGAAGGGGGGGGGGGGGAGGACAAGUGUGAAAAGUGUUUGAGUAGUGGAGAGGCAAAAAAGGUCAGAGACUAGAAAUCAAACUAAAGAAGGGAAAGAGAGGGGUGAAAACAAAGACAAGGAGGGAAUGGAAGGACAGAUGGAGGGGAAGAGGGGGACAGAAAGAGAGGCGACAGAACUUAAAAAAAAAAAAAAAUCUAAGAGGUCACACAGAAGAGCAAGUGAAACAAGACAGAUAUACCAAAUCAAAACAGACUUGGGAAUUAUAAAGAGAUUAUGUACACUUCUGUAAAUCUAAAACAUAGCAGGGAGAGAGUGAUAUUCUGAAGGUUCUAUGGGAAGAGAUGGGGUAGGGCACAAACAGUGGCAGAAUACCCCUCUAAAGUAUACUGUCAAAGCGACUGCAGACAUUGCAAUUUAAUUAACGGAGUAAAAACAGGACAGAGGUAAUCUUUUAAGGAGAUACACAAUCAAUCUGCACAAUUGUUCUCCAAUAGCAGUCGUUUUGUGUCGUCCCAGUGUAAACAAGCCUGUAAGAGAUGUAUUAUAUUAAGAACAUGUUGGUGAAUAUGAUACAAUAUGAUGAGUGACUCAUCAAGGUUUGUUCAUGAAGUAUAUGUAUAUAUUGUUGUUUAGAGUUAAUGUGAGCUCUGCUGUAAAUAUCUGUAUUACUGUUAUUGUACAGAUACAUGAAAUAAAUGAUGUUCUACUCA